ACUUUUUGGCGGGAGCGCGAGGAGUGAAGUUGUGUGAUUUGUUUUAAUUUGUCUAGUUAGUGUUUCUUCAGGUUCAAAUGUGUAAUAACGGUGGUUUAUUAACUAUUUAAUAUCUGUGAAAGUGCACAAAUGUGGGAAAAUGAAGCAAAGCCACUAAACGGAGAAUUACUGGUGGCCCGGAGGUCUUCCAUUUUCACCAGGACAGGUGGGUGAUCAAAGGUUCAGCCAAGUAGGGUGGAAUUUGCUAACACCUGACCGAGCGCCUACGAAGGAGACCUAAUAGUUCAAGGGCAGCUGCUUCGUGAACUGCCGGUGAGACUCAGCGGGCGCAGUGGAGUUCUCUCGCGAAAAUGGUAUACUUUGAAAUUGAUAUAUACUCUGACUGACAUCACUAACAGCCAUGCUGUUUUUAUGGGAUUUCUUUUGAUGAAGAUACGCUACACAGUAGACGUCACGAACUAUGAAAAUGGCGAUACGUCCGUUACCUUCGCAAUCGUCGGCGCAACCAAAUAUAUUAAGUGUAUAAUCUAUGGGCGCAACUGGGCAAGCCAAUGUGUGGGAGACUACGCGAAAGUUCGAGGUUCGCGCGCUUUGAUGUCUGUUAAAAAACCGACACAGCUUGGAAAACCACGAAUGCAGCGAAAAUUUUGCAUAAUCAUUCGCAAAUGUCGUCCUACACGUCUUGCGGGUUUGCGUAUUCGUGCGCAUGUGAGUGACCGGUGUUACACGCUCAGAGAAGUCAGAGAUGUGGAACGUUUCCAAAACGAAGUAGAUAACUAACUACUAAGUAAAUAGUUUAAAAAGAAAACAGUGAGGUACCUAUUAUAGAAAGUACACCUAAUGUCUUCAUAUAUAUUCUUAAAAUUACUAAGGAAGAAACGUAAUGUCAAAUUAUCCCAAAAAGAAAGGCAGAAUUCGCAAUCACCUUCGAACUCUGUACAUGGCGACAAUAUCUGCAGAAUUUGCCUUAAGGAGGGAUAUCAAUAUAUUUUUUCUAGUAAAAAUACCUUUAAUAUACAAGACGCGAUAAAAACAAUAACAGGUAUCGAAAUAUGCGAAACUGAUUCCUAUCCCAAAUGUGUUUGUAGCAACUGCUUUGCCCUUCUCCAAGGAGCUGUUAAAUUCCGAAACACUGCUAUUGACUCUGAUAAACUUCUUCAUCAAGCAGUAACAGCAGACUUCCAAAUCGAUAAUGCAAACGAUGAGGAUAGUAACCAAUCAGAAGAAAUGCCGCUUGUUGCAUAUAAGGAGAAAAAAAAACUAAGAAUCCAAUGUAAUCUCUGUAAAGCGAUAAUCAGAUCUGACUCAUACCAAAAACAUUUGAUGCGGCAUCAGUCAGCAACUCACUUCGUAUGUGAAGUGUGUGGCAAACUAUAUCGGAAAGACAACCUGAUCAGACACUUACAGUUACACAGUGAUUAUUUACCACAUGUGUGCCAAAUAUGUCCAUACCGAGGCAGAUUCUAUGAGUCAUUAAAAAUACAUUUACGUACCCACAGUGGUGACAAGCCUUUUUCCUGUGACAAGUGUAGUCUAAGAUUUUUGACACGAAGCAACCUCAACAGGCAUCUUCUGACUCAUAAAAAAGAAAAACCCUUUAAAUGCUUGGAAUGUAGUCGAAGUUUCUAUUUGAAGAGAGACAUGGAAGCACAUUUUAAAGCAGAUCAUACAGGUGUAAAGGAUUUUGUAUGUGAUGCCUGCGGCAACAAGUAUGGAACAAAGAAGGCAUUGAUGAGACAUGAACUUAGAGUACACAAAAGAGACAAAAUGACAAAGGGGCGAACACCUCUGUACUUAUUAAAUAACAGAAAAUGCAAUGGAGUCCAAUAGUAAUUAAUGUAGUACAUCUUUUAACAUUUCACUGUGCUUGAUCAUUCCAUUUAUUUUCAUUAUACCUGAAUUAUUUAAGAAUGUUGUUAACUAAAAUGUACAUACUUAAUCUAUUAAUGAAAUUAUUCAGUUGAUCACCAAAAAUUUAAAUAAAAAACAUUUUUUUAAUACCAUUUAUUGCGAAUAAACAAAUCAAGCAAAAAAAUAGUACAAAUUAAUGUUUAACUAGCCCUGAUAAUGUUGGCAAGGUUUUAAGUAGAAAGAAGAAAAUUUAUUACCAUUUUAUUCAGAAAUUAAACCUUACCCUAUAAGCCAUAUUGAUUCUAUUAAAAGCUUAAAAUUCUAAUGCGUCAUGUUUAUACAAGUAUAACUGACCCUCAUUAGUAAGUUUACAUUUUGCUAAAAUAGGUCCAUUGUACGAAAAGACAAAGUGCCAGUAUUAUUCCGCAUAUAAUAUAUUUAUCUUUGGUAAAUUGAGUAUGUUUAUAAGUGACUAGAACCAUAUGAUUACAAAUGUACAAAUCAUCAUAUUUGGGUAAAUAAAUUAAAUAGCAGUAAAAGUAAUAAAUCAAAGAAAUUGCAUAAAUACUCUUUUAAGAGUUUGCUUGCAUACAUGUACUAUGUUGAUUAUAAUUUCAUUGUUCUAAUAAUACAUAUUCUUGUAAGUAUAUUUGAUAUUCCAAUUUAUUGAAUUGUAACAUCCCUCUUUUCCUUUUUUGGUUUCAAAUUGUCAUUUAAAUAUAAAUUACAAAUCUUAUUUAUAGACAUCUACUUGACAAUGGAAGAUUCUUUUAUAAAUAUAUAAUUUACAUUUUGUAUAACAACAUCUAAAUAAAGGCCACAUUAUCACUUAUGGUUACACAACACUGAACAAUUUAUUGAACAUCAUUAAUUUGAAUUAAGAUUCAUAUUUUAUUUAGGUAUAUUCAUAUUUUAGUAUACACAAAUGAAGGAAAUUAAUAACUGUUAGAAUUUCAUACAAAAAUUUAAAAUUAUUUUUUUAAGAUUUCAAUUAAAUUAAUAGUUUAACUCUGGUUAACAACAAUAAAUAUGAUUAUAAUAUUGGCAGUUAAUAUAGAGUAUAUAUUUAAGUAUAAUAUUUAAAGACAAAAGACAUUAAACACUUCACUUAGCAGAGAUAAAACAUCAGUAAAAAAAUGACUAGAAAUAUAUCUUUAAAACAUAUAAGUUAGUAUUUUAUUUUAUAGUUUUUUGCUCAGUUUUGUGCAAAAUUUACCUAAAAAUAUUUUUUUGCAUGAUUUAAUCAUAUGAUGGUCCUCUACACAUUGUAACUAUGAACAUAGAAGCAAAUAUAAAUUCCAAAACCUGUAAACACAGCAUUAGAGUGCACCAGAUACACUCUAUACGGAGCACCACCACUUGGAAGGCCAGGAGAUACAAUACCCCCAUGAUCGAUGGAAUUGUCAGUAGUACUGAGAACAAUACUGGUAUAUCUGUGAAAGUUGAAAAAGUUUAAUUUUUCUUUGAACUUUUUUAAAAUAUUAAUUUUGUAUCAAGGGAAAUUAAUAGACUCUAUUGGUAUUAUUUUUAGUGCAUUAAUAGUUGUGUAGAAGCAGAUUUUAGGUAUUUUGUCUUUAAGAUAAUAUACAGAAUUUGUUAAUAAAUAAAAUUGAAACUUACCUUUUUCGCUAAGACUGCCUUUGCGCCCCAACAAUAGCCUCAGAGCUUCAACCACAAAUAAUCCAAAUAGAACGCCAUAAUCUCGACCAAGUUUAGUCGGAUCUUGUCCAACGUUGUACUUUUCAAUAAUAAGUACUGAUUUGAGAAUGAGAGUUCCGAGCUCACAGGUUGCGAAGAGACCAAAAUAAAACGAAUUUAUAUAUAAAAGGAUUUCGUAAGCCAAACUAGAAUUCACCAUUUUUUUUAAAUAUAACUAUUUAUUGUACCAUUCAAUCAGUGGAAAUAUAUUUUAUGAGUUUUUAAUAAAAGCCGAACAAUUCUCGUUCAAUUGGAAUUUGGAAUACUUUUACGAAAUAAAAAUCACUUCUUGCGAUGGCCAUAGAUAAUCUAUUGCGGCAACAAGUGUUUUUUUAAGGGAUUUUAUGACCUGGUAACUAAAACCUUUAGGUCAAGUCUUAAUUUUAAUGAAAACUUUUUAAUGUAAAUGUAAUUGUGAAAUGAAAUGAAGUUGAUUAAUAUGAAACAUGGCAUGGCAUGAAAUGAAAUGAGAUGAGAUGCUAUGGGAUGAAAUAUAAUCUCAGUAAAAUGGUGGUUAGUUACGGAAACUUUUUCAGUGGACUUUUUGGAGGAUCUCGGGAAGUUACGACUUUUUUUUAAUUUUUUUAUUGCUUAGAUGGGUGGACGAGCUCACAGCCCACCUGGCGUUAAGUGGUUACUGGAGCCCAUAGACAUCCACAACGUAAAUGCACCACCCACCUUGAGAUUUAAGUUCUAAGGUCUCAAGUAUAAUUACAACGGCUGCCCCACCCUUCAAACUGAAACGCAUUACUGCUUCACGACAGAAAUAGGCAGGGUGGUGGUAACUUGUUUUAUUUUGUCUAUUCGGUAUUUCUUCAGGUUUAAAUGUGUAAUAGCGGUGGUUUAUUAACUGUUUGGUAUCUGAAAGUGCACAAAUGUGGAGAAAUUAAACAAAGCCGCUGGACGUUGCUUCUCAGGAUCCUCCAAAAAGACCACAGAAAAGUCUCAGUAAAUGUCCACCAUUGUACUGAGAUUAUAUUUCACCCCAUAUCAUCUCAUCUCAUUUUAUUUCAUUCCAUUUGGGUUUUUUCACUUCAUUUUAUUACAUGUCAUGUUUCAUAUUAAUCAACUUCAUUUCAUUUCAUAAUAUAAUUUUUCAUACAUAAAAAAUAUAAAUAUAAAAGAUUAGGGUGCAUGGUAUGAUACCUUUGCCUUUCCAGCUGGAAAAAUAAAACUACUACUAUUGAUAUUUAAACAAAGUAAGGUAAAUUAAUGUCAAUAAAGGAAGAUGGUUUAAUGUUUUCAUUAAAUAAGUGCAGAAUAUGCUUAAAAUCGGGAGAAAUCUUUAUCCCAGGGAUUGAAAAUCUUUUAGAACAAGUUAUUGAAUUCGGUGGUGUGAAAAUAACGGAAGAUGAUUUAUUUCCUAAACAUUUAUGCGAUUCUUGUUACUCGUUACUUAAAGCUGCCUUACUUUUCCGACAGAAAGCGCAGAAUUCGGAGAGGAUUCUCAAUUAUAAGAAGAUGACUCUAGAUUCUGAGGUAGCCAGCAGCGAUUCAAAAAGUUCAGCAGACGAGGAAGACUUACACAAUUUUAAUGAACAUAGCCAAACAUAUAGAAAGAUUCAGCCAAAGCUCCAGGUUUGGGAAAACGACUGUAAUGACAAAUUUUCUGGUGAUGAAUCAACAUCUCGUAAUGGCGAUUUCCAAAUCGAAGACGAAUUGGAAAGCUCUGGGUCAGAAAGAGAAUAUUUGGAGAUAAAUGAUGACACUGAUGAUUUUCUGAGUACUAAUGUAAUGUGUGUAAUAAAUCAAGAUAGUGAAAUUAAUUUAGUUUCUAAUAAGGAUAACGAAAACUAUCAUAUAGAACAAUACCAAUGCGGUAUGUGUAGUAUGAUUAGUGAAACCCUAGAUAAGUUGGAGAUACAUUGUGAAUUGAAUCAUAACAUUAAGGUAACUGAUACUAUGAAAUGUGAUGUGUGUAAGGAAGAUGUUAGUGUCGCGAUUCAACACAUACACAUGAAACAACAUAAAGAUGAAUAUAAACGAAAAAGAAGAAAAGUAGGAAAAAUAGAAUGUAAUAUUUGCAAAAAAUAUAUUAUGAAAACCUAUAUCAAAUAUCAUAUGAAAAUGCAUGGUCCGGAAACAGAAAGAGCCGAAAGAAAAAAAUAUUGCCGUUUGUGCCAAAAGCCAAUAUCGUUACACUAUUUUGUCAGUCACCUGAGAAGAGUACAUCAAAGAGGGCCAAAUGAGGAAAAAAUAGACCAAGCGAAUUUAAUUAACGUUAACAAAGAUUCAUUUGAAAACUGUCCAAUAUGUGAAAAAUUGGUGCACAAAUCAAAGUACAAAGAACAUCUGGCUGAUCACGGUAAGCCUCCAAAGAAAUAUGUAUGUGAAUAUUGUGCAAAAGAAUUUAGAUAUCAAUCAGCCUUUAAAACACAUCAGUUGACUCACACAGAUGAGUUUAAAUACCAGUGUCAGUUUUGCCCAUACAAAGCUCAAUAUUUAGGACUCAUUAAAGUGCAUGUUAGGACUCAUACUGGAGAUUAUAACUAUAAAUGUCCACAUUGCCCAUCAAAAUUCAUAACAAAGAGUAAUCUCAACCAGCAUAUCCAAAGGCAUAAUGUUCGUGGGAAUAUUAAAUGUCAUACAUGCAAUAAAUAUUUCUAUCGUAAAAGUAAUAUGGAAAAACAUUACUCAACAAAACAUUUGGGCGUACGUGAUGUAAUCUGUGAUAUGUGCGGUACAGGCUUUAGCCACAGAGAUGAAAUGCUAAGUCAUCAACUUAGAAUGCACAACAGGGAGAGGUUACUUCGUCGGGUUCCGACCUAUCUGAGAGUAGCUAGAGAAAAGGAAAAAGAUGAAAUUGACAUUAAACAACAGCAGUUGCAAAAAUUAUGAUAAUUUUAGAAGUGAUAGUAGUAAGUAGUGUUUUAAUUGAACCGAUUAUGAGUUUUAAUUAUGCUGUAAGAAGUGGAAUGGAAACAUGUAAUACAAGAUAUUUUUUAUUGAA